CAUCAUCAUGAUGAACAUAUCUAAACUCACUCCUUGGUUUCUUUUCUUGUCUCUGAUUCUUCUAUCAGAUUACAAGGUAAGAGGGUCGAUUUCUCCAUCUAGCGAGCGGCCACAAGAAGGUGGUAUUUUUGGUUUCAAACCUAAAGCGUUGUUUGUGUUCGGAGACUCGUACGCAGACACAGGUAACACACCUUUGAUUGCUGCCUCGUGGAGGUUUCCCAACGGAAUCACUUUCCCGGGAAAGCCUACCGGGCGGUUUACCGAUGGUCGUGUCUCCACUGAUUAUCUAGCGAAGUAUAUUGGACUUAAGACGCCGAUCGUAUACAAAUGGGGCAGAUACGGACAACCGAAAGGACUAGUAAAAAAAGGAAUGAAUUUCGCAUUCGGUGGAGCCGGCGUCUUUGAGACAAUGUUCAAAAUAGUCCCUAACGCAAGUGUGCAGAUCGAUUCCUUAGAACGACUCAUCCGGAGAAAAGUUUAUUCACCGGCCGAUCUCAACUCCUCCGUCGCUUUCUUCAGCAUAGUUGGCAAUGACUACCUUACUUACGACAGACGCAACGGUUCUGAACAGGGUCGUCCAGCACUUAUCAGGAGAGUUGUGAAACAGAUUUUGUUGGAUGUGAAGCGAAUUAAGGAUUUGGGAGUGAGAAAGGUGUUGGUGGCUCUAUCGCCGCCGCAAAAAUGUUUGCCGUUGCUUGCCACUCCUAGAGGCUGUGACACUAACGACACCUCGACCAACCUUCACAACAGUCUUCUCCGUGAAGGACUGACAAAACUAAACGAUGAGAAGAUUAACAAAAAUGCUAAAAGUUUCAUCAUGUUUGAUCUCCACAAUGCUUUUGCGACCAUAUUCAAGAACAAAGGAGUUCCAGGUGUUUCGACAUUUCUGGAACCAUUGAAGGCAUGUUGUCCAACAAAACGAGGCAAAUCUUGUGGAGAUGUAGGCUUGAAUGGUGAAAAGUUGUACAGUCUUUGUAAAGAUCCAAAAUCAUUCUUCUUUUGGGACAAUGUUCAUAUCACUGACCAAGGAUGGCGUUCUGUAUUUUCUCUUCUUUUACCUGAUUCACAGUUUUGAAGUACAUAGAUCAUAUAUACAACAAUUAUCAUUAUAAGGAUAUAUGCGAUUAAUGAAUUUUCUUUUAUAAUU